AUGACUUUUUCCCGCGAACAAUUUGUCAGUAAAGUACAGAGUUUAGAUGAAACUCAGGAUUCAAUAGUGAACACAUCCAAGUGGAUGUUAACUCUAUACAAAGAUGCGGAUAAAGUGGCGACCGCUUGGACAGAAUACUUGCAUAAAAGUUCCAUCAGUACAAAGCGAAAGCUAUUAGUGGUGUAUUUGGCAAAUGAUAUAGUCCAACAAGCGAAGCAUAGACAAGUACCUAACUUUGAUAAGAGCUUUGGCAAUGUUUUGCCAUCUGCGUUAGAGAAAGUAUAUGCAGAUUUUCCAACUGAGCUUAGAGCUAAGGUAAAACGCGUUGUAGGUAUUUGGAGACAGCGUAAGGUUUUAUCAGAGAGUGUUUUGGAUGAAAUUGACCGAAGGCUAGAUGUAGCAGGUAAAAUAACACCAUCAAGUUCAACAACUGCUCAAAGGAGUAAAGAUAAAGUUGAUAAAAGAUGGGGGCAGCUAUCAUCCCUGUAUGACAAUAUUGAACAGAAUCAAAAAAGUGGUAAUACCUUGAGGUUAAGAUUUGAUAAAUCUCUUGAGGCAUUGGACCCUAACAGCGUAGUCUACGCUGAAAACUAUAAUGUUAUCAGCAAAAUAGGUAGCUCAGUUAAGGAAUCAUUGACAAAAUCUAUAGACUUCAGAUCAACUCUAAUAAAAGAGCUAGAGAAGUUGAUCACCGAACAAAACGCUUUGGUAAAUAAAGAACAAGACUCUAUAAAUGAAAUUGAUUCUAUAUUAGUAGACAAAGAUCCAACGACAAUCGCUCAGUCUACAAAUUCAAACGAUGCUGAUUUAUUACCAACAUACGAAAAUAGUGAUGAUGAUGAUGACGACAAACACAGCAGCGAAAACGAAGAUGAAGUUGCGAACAAAAAGCGUUCUGUCUCUCCAGAAAAACAAUCUGAUCUCGGUUCAACGUCAGACAAAUCCUCGAGCGAGGAGCCCACGAUGAAAAAGAUGAAGACUGAUGAACUAAAGCAAGAAGAACCUACUCCCUCGACCUCACCUUCAAAAAGCAAUACUGGGGCCAUCGCCUCUAGUAUACAAGAUCUAUUAAGUAGAUUGGCAGAUUAA